CUUUUCUCUCAAGUGCUACACAACUUAUUUUUAACUGCAGGAUACUGUAAUUAUUUGGAUCUUGGUAUGGAAACUGGAUCAAUUCCAGACAGUAAACUAACAGCUUCAUCUGAAAAAAAUGUUAACACAGCAGCCAAGAAUGGUCGACUGAACUCAGGAUCAUCAUGGUGUGCAGGAACAAGUGACAGUAAUCCAUAUCUACAGAUUGAUCUACAAACACUUCAUAUCAUCUGUGCUGUAGCCACUCAAGGGAAUUCUCAAGCAAAUCAGUGGGUGAAGAACUACACUCUACAAUCAUCCAUAGAUAGGUCAAAGUGGACAGAUUACACAGAAAUUGGACAAGUUAAGUCUCUGAAGGGAAAUGAAGACAGAAACUCAGAGAUUAAGCACAUUCUUAAUGCAGGUGUUUUAGCGAGGUAUUUGCGAUUUUUGCCAGGAACUCACCAUGGUGGUGUGUGUUUGAGAGCAGAGGUGUUUGGAGUGAAACAAAAACCAGAGAAUCUUGCUCUUGGAAAGCCCACAAAUCAGUCGUCAACAUACAGUGAUGCUCUGAUCGGUGCUGCUGAGUCAGGAAGAGCAGUGGAUGGAAAUGCUGACACUGAUAUGCUUAACAAACACUGUUCACAUACAAACCAAGACAACCCCAGCUGGUGGCAAGUGGACCUGGCUUUAGGUCAUGCAGCAGUCUAUGAAAUACACAUAGUUAACAGGUUCACAGGUAAUCCAGGAAGAGAUAAUGUAGACUACAAAAUAACAUUUGGUAACUCUACAGAUGUGGCAAGUAACCUUCAGUGCACAGGACGCUAUAGUUUUAUUCAGUUCAGGGCAUCAGCCAUAUGUUUCACUAAUCCACUGACGACUGGUAGAUAUGUUGGUAUUAUGACUACGAAGAGUCAAGGUCUCCAGCUAUGUGAAGUGGAAAUUUAUUCACGAGGUAACUCAACAUAAUACUUUAUUUUUAUGAAUUUACAUGUAACUC